CUCAUACAUCUCUAUAGUGUUUGUUAUAUAAAAAAGGGAAAAGAAAAAGAGAGGGAGAAAAAAAAACCAUUUCGACACUCACUUCCUCUUUGUAAAGAAACCUCUCUGGCUAUGGCUGCCGAUGUUAGCUAUUUACAUAGAGUUUUAAGCCGGUACAAGGAUGAUCGAAUGGCGGGGAAUGAAUCCGGUGGAGCAAAACCAACGGCUUUGAUCACUAGGGAUUUGCUUGGAGUCGGAGGCCGCGAUGGUGGCGCCGGUGAUGGUGGUACAGGCGGUGGCUCCGACUUGAUCAUUAUGAAAAAUGAUCAAUUAGAAGAACUUAACCUUGAUGUUCAAGUCCCUAACGGAUGGGAAAAGCGCCUAGACUUGAAGUCUGGUAAGGUGUACUUGCAAAGCUGCAAUUCAUCAAAUUCUUCACAAUCAACAGAUGGAACCAACCACCAAAUCAAUCAAACAGUGCCAAAGCUUCAAGAUUUGAACUUCCCACCUUCUAAACCUUUUAUAAACCUUUUCGACGAGACUAACCUAGAACUGAAACUAGUCUCAUCCUCCUCCACCACUUAUCAGAGCGUGUGCACACUCGACAAAGUAAAAUUCGCGCUCGAAAGGGUAGAGAAACAGCCGAUCAAAAAGCGAUCACCAUCUUCCUCGUCAUCGUGGAAGCCAUCCUUGUUGUCGCCUUUGUAUUCUUCGUCUCCGAUCAAAGGUUCACGAGAUGCCGGUGGGGAUCAAGAGAGGUUGCUUGCCUCGCCGGUUGUGGCCGGUUGCCCCGGAUGCUUAUCGUAUGUCAUGAUAGUGAAGCAUAAGCCUAGAUGUCCUAGGUGCAACACCCUUGUUCAAUUGCCGUUUUCUAAGAAGCCUCGCAUUGAUCUCAAUAUAUCAAUUUGAGGGGAAAAUUUCAAGUUAUUCUA